AUGGCGUUCAGCCUGAUGAGUGCUCUUCAGCACCUCGCCAACGACCCAUGGAACUUCAUCUUUCGUAUCAUCCAGACCAUCCUCGAUCUUCUCCUCUCGCCAGCUCCUCCUCCACCAGAUGGCAAGCUCGGUGACCGGCGCAUUGCCAUCGUCGGGGCUGGUAUCACUGGUGUCUCCUCGGCUGCUCACUGUGUCGGCCAUGGUUUCGACGUCACCAUCUUCGAAUCAGGCGGACGCAAGAAUCUCGGAGGCAUCUGGGCUCGCGUGAACAACACUUCCGGUCUGCAGAUCCACUCGGUCAUGUACCGCUUCCACCCAAGCGUGCAAUGGAACGGCGGCUACCCCAACCGCAAGCAAAUCCUGGGAGAGGUGGAAAAGCUGUGGCAACGGUACGGUCUAGAGGAGAAGACCAGGUUUGAGACCCCGGUCACCAAAUGCGAGAAGAACGACGAGGGGAAAUACAUCAUCAACGACGAUCCCUCGCUCGGCGAGUUCGACGGUGUCAUUGCCUGUGUGGGUACCUGUGGUGAUCCCAAGACUGCUCACAUCAAAGGCGAAGAGCGUUUCAAAGGCGACAUCUACCAUUCCUCCGAAUUGGACGGCCGUGAUGCCAAAGACAAGAACGUCAUUGUCAUCGGUGGUGGUGCAUCUGCGAUUGAGGCUCUCGAGUUCGCCACGGCUGCCGGAGCGAAGAAGGUACACAUCUUGGCUCGCAGUGAGAAGUGGAUCAUCCCGCGCAACCCUUUCAUCAACGUUCUCCUGGCAUUGAACAUCUUUGGUGCCGAGACACCUCUGAGCUGGAUUCCCGAACGUCUGUUGCGCGUCUUCUUCUACCGUGAUCUCAAAGACAUUGCCCCAGCAGCCAACAGUGGCCAAGGUCUCUUUAUGGAGACUCCGAUGGUCAACAAUGAUGUUCUCGAACAGAUCCGUUCUGGCAAAGCUGAAUGGCUUCGCGGCGACAUCAAGAAAUUCACCCCCGACGGCAUCCUCUUCAACCACCGCUCACCAGGCGUACCCAAGGGUGGACCUGGCCGCGAGGAAUCUAUCCCAGGUGACGUGGUCAUCUUCGCUACCGGCUACGAGCGUCCUUCCCUCAAUUUCCUCCCCGACGGCUGCUUCGAAAAGCACUACGAACCUCCGAACUGGUAUCUUCAAGUCUUCCCGCCUGCACACCCAGACAUCUGCGCCAACAACUGCACCUACGUGAACGCCAUUGGUAGCGUUGGCAACUAUCACAUCGGAAUCUACACUCGCUUCCUUCUCAUGUACCUCUCCGACCCACUCGCCCGGCCCAGCGCGCAACGCAUGCGUCUUUGGAUCGACUUCACCAAGUUCAUCAAGAGCGCCGCUCCGACCGCUGCCUUUGAUUUCUUCACCUACUCCGAAUUGAUCUACUGGUUCAUCUUCACCAUCGUAGUCAACCCAUUCCGAUGGAAGUGGGCCGCCUUUGUCCUCAUGGGAAUCGGUGCCUCCCUCCCGAAAUUGAUCAUCCGACAGGAAGACCGCAUCCGUGGCCUCGUGGGAUGGGACAAGAGCGCCGACUUGGUGGACGCAGCAGAGAAAGAGGAUGAGCGAUUGCAGAAGCUGCAGAGGAAGACAGUGAAACCCGAUGAUGGCAAGAAGGACGAGAAGAAGAAGGACGAGAAAGACGACCACGAUGAUGACGAGGAAGAUGACGAAGAUGACCAUGAAGACCAUGACGAAGAGGAGAACGGCCACGACGACCACAAGGAUGACAAGUCCUCCCAACAACAGCCGAAGAAGUCGAAUUCGGAGAAGCCCAAGAACAACAAGAAGAAAUCCAAGGGCAAACCCGCCAAGAAAGCAUAG